CGAGAAGAGGAGGCCCUGGUAAAUAAGGUGGUAGAGACUGUGCCACCGAAAAAAUCAUAACGAAAAGGAUCUCAUUUUGGAAUUCAGCUCUCCUGAGUCGGAGAAAGGCUUAAUGCAAAUAGAACAUAUGCCAUAAUGCUUGGAGAAAAUAUUCACCCUUGUACGCUAGUUUGUGUACUUGCCCACAACUCUUUAAUCCUGACCAUGAGUAAACACCGGCUGGUAAAACACAGCAAGCUCAGAACACAACAGGAUACUCGGAGGCAACAGAAAUCACCAAAGAAUUUGGAAGAAAGUAUUGCACUUCUGAAAGAUGUGCCUAGUCAACAAUCUUUAUUCCAUACCUUCAGCAAUGAAACUGAAAUCAGAGCUUUCCGGAAAAGCCUGCUUACCUGGUAUAAUAAAUGCAAACGGGACCUUCCUUGGAGAAAAAUGGCUUCAGGUGAAACAGAUGCUGACAGACGAGCAUAUGCUGUGUGGGUAUCAGAGAUCAUGCUCCAACAGACCCAGGUGGCUUCAGUGAUCAGCUACUACAAUCAAUGGAUGCAGAAAUGGCCAACCUUGCAGGAACUUGCUAAAGCUUCACUAGAGGAGGUGAAUGAGCUCUGGUCAGGACUUGGCUACUAUUCCCGAGGAAAGCGGCUUCAGGAAGGUGCAUGUAAGGUGGUGUCCCAGAUGGCAGGUCAUUUGCCCAGGACAGCAGAGGAGCUGCAAAAAUUGUUGCCCGGAGUGGGGAAAUAUACGGCAGGAGCUAUUGCAUCCAUUGCAUUUGGCCAGGUGACAGGUGUGGUAGAUGGGAACGUCAUUCGAGUCUUAUGCCGUUCAAGAGCCAUUGGUGCUGAUCCCACCAGUUCAGCUGUUGCGGACAGACUAUGGGCUUUAGCGCACACUCUGGUGGAUCCGGCCCAUCCAGGUGACUUUAACCAAGCUAUGAUGGAAUUGGGGGCAACUGUAUGCACCCCUAAGGCCCCACUGUGCACGAAAUGUCCUGUACAGCGGCACUGCAGAGCUUACCACAUGGUGAAGAAGGAUCAGUUACUUUCUGCCAAGAAACUGUUGGGAAAAGCUGGCUCUAAGUCCUUUCAGCUCCUAGAUGUUGAAGAAUGUGCUGCCGUCACAGGGAGUUGCUCCCUCUGCCUGCCUCCCUCAGACCCAUGGGAUCCCAGUCUUGGUGUCGCAAAUUUCCCUAGGAAAGCCACGAAGAAGCAGCCCAGAAUAGAACACACAGCCAUAUGUCUGCUACAACGGAGAGGCGCUGACGAGAAACUAGAGUACCUUAUUGUGCAGAGACCCAGCUCAGGUCUGUUGGCAGGGCUGUGGGAAUUUCCCAGCCUCAUCCUUGAACCAGGGCAGGAGAAGCAGCAGAAAGUGGCACUGGCACAUCACCUCCAGGCCUGGGUUGGCAAUGUUGUGGCAGUGGGGUGCCUGCAGCAUGUCGGAGAGGUUCUCCAUAUCUUCUCCCACAUCCGCCAAACAUAUGUGAUCUAUUUCUUGAACCUGGAGAAGGGUGAGGGAAGCUGGAACAGAGAGAUGGAGCUGCCACCAUCCCGAUGGGUGACCAAAACAGAAUUCAUGAACUCAGCCAUUUCCACAGCCAUGAAGAAGGUCUUCAAAGCAUAUGAAGAAUGGAGCUCCAAAAUCAGUUCUGCCAAGGUUGUGAAGCGGAAACGGGACCUUCUUUGCACCAGCCAGUCAAAAUCUGAAGAAGAUGGCAGCUUUUCUAAGAAGCAGCUUUCUCUGGAUUCAUUUCUUGCAACAAAUCCUAAGAACUAACGUCUACCUUUCCUGACUUUACAUCUGGAAGGCUACAUGCAUAUCUACUCCCAGCAACUCUAUACUGUACUUAGAAACUCCACUGGUGCCUCCUCAAGAUGAUGAACAUCUGGGACCUGGGGAUUCCAUAUUUGAUCUGUCUGGCCAUGCCAUGAGGUGUGCUUGCCUGCUGGGGAAAGUGCUGAGCAGCAUGAUUUACCAGAAUUUACUGCUGUGCUGUCAGUUGCACUGUUUCCUCUGCAUUUCCUAGCCAUCUACAGGGUGCCUUCUCUGACAGCUUGACCGAUAAGGGACAAAUGGUUUUUCUACAGGUAUGGUGGGAAACCAUUUUGGCUGCUGCAAAUGCACCAUCUAAGACUGAACACCCAUGUGCACCAUGCAAGUAGAUGUGGCUGUGGCUGCUCCAGAAUACCGUUUGUUGCCUUCAGUCUGCUAAGCCGCAUGAAAGCACACUGAAAUGUGAAGUUAUAUGGAGUAGUCUGACAUGGAAGGGAGAAUAUAGCAACCUCUGAAUUCCAGUGGCUGAUAAAAGCAAAGGACCCCAUCCUUAAGAUUUUCUUAAACAAAGCUUUUUACAGCUGGUUUUAUCAAAAGCAAGUAACUUACACCAUUAUCACUGCAUGAAGGCUGGCAUGCUUGUGAAUCAAGCACCUAGUGCUGUCCUAAAGGCCAGCAUUUCUCUAGCUCAUGGGUGGGUUUAUUAGUUACAAUUACCCAUUUUUAUUCUAGUUUGGCUAAUAAAAUUUUAAAGGAAAUUCUACUAAGAUACUGUUAGUGAAAAGUAUUGAUUUAUACUUGCUUCUCCAAAAUUCAUUGCAGUAUCCUGCAAGUGUUGUAAAGUGAGUUUGUCUCUGGGAUGCUUAAAUAAAGACCUAAUAUAGUGAUGGUAACUAUACUGGCAAAUAACCAAAAGACCUUUCAAAACUAUGUGACCACAACCCUGUUAAAAACAGAUGCACUUCAUUAUUAUUCAUACAAAUGAGGACAUUUUUGUCUUCCUUGGUAAUACCACACCUGCCAAUAUGCAUCAUUUCAAAUAUGCAUAAAAGAUGUUUAUUCCUCUUUAAAGCAAAGUGUGCCACUUAUAUACCAUCUCAUACUGCUUAAAACACUCUCUGGGCAGUUUACAAUUUUAAUUAUGCAGGCUACACAUUGUUCUCCCAACAGCAAACUGCGUAUUUACUUUACUGACUUGGGAAGGAUGUGAGGCUAAGUCAACCUGGAGCUGGC